AUGGGACAAAACUCGUCGAUCACACAAACAUUUCAACGAAUACGAAACUCUUUUAGUAGAAAUGGAAAUCUACCAUCAACAGAUGCGAACGAUAGACGUCUAAUAACAAUCAACAGUGGACCUCAAACUACAAAAUUCAUAUCAAAUGAUAUCAGUACGAGUAAAUACUCGCUAAUCACAUUCUUACCAAAGUUUCUCUUUGAACAAUUUCGUAAAUAUUCGAAUAUAUUCUUCCUCUGUAUCGUCAUCUUUCAACAAAUUCCGGGUGUAUCCCCAACGGGUAGAUAUACGACUGCAGUUCCUUUGUCAUUCAUUCUAUGCUGUGCAGCUAUCAAAGAAAUUAUAGAAGACGUGAAACGACACAUACAAGACGAUGCAGUCAAUCGUCGAAAAGUUCUGAUCUAUCGGGAAGGAAAUUGGAUUUACACAUCUUGGUCCAAAGUCAAAGUCGGUGAUAUUGUUAAAGUUAUCGACAAAGAAUACUUUCCAGCCGAUCUGGUGCUAAUCUCUUCCGGCGAGCCUAAUUCGAUAUGUUACAUACAAACAUCAAAUCUCGAUGGAGAAACCAAUUUAAAAGUUCGACAAGGUUUACCGCAAACAGCGCACGUUCUAUCCAGCAUGCAACUGAAGGAUUUGCAAGGCACGGUCGAAUGUGAAUUGCCCAACCGAAACCUAUACGAAUUUGCCGGAACAUUGAAAAUCAACAGUGCUGCUUUUCCAAUCCCGCUAGGCGCAGAUCAGAUUCUUUUACGCGGUUCUCAACUAAAGAAUACAGCUUGGAUCUAUGGAAUUGUUAUCUAUAGCGGACACGACACAAAACUAAUGAUGAAUUCAUCAUCCGUUCCAUUGAAACGAACAAAUGUUGAACAGGUUACGAAUAAACAAAUUCUAUUUCUUUUGAUCAUACUCAUCGUCUUGUGCUUGUUCAGCACUAUUGCCGGCGAAGUUUGGAGCUAUCGAAACAAAGAUACACAUUGGUAUUUAGGUUACAAUCUUGAUGAAGAUCGAGAAACUUGGCGUCAUAUUGGCUUUACAUUUUUAACAUUUUUUAUUCUAUUCAAUAAUUUGAUUCCAAUUUCAUUGCAAAUUACCGUCGAUCUCGUAAAAUUCAUUCAGGCAUAUUUUAUCAAUUGGGAUAAAGAUAUGUAUGAUUCCGAAACAGAUACUCCAGCGAAUGCUAGAACAUCGAAUUUGAAUGAAGAAUUGGGCCAAGUAAAAUAUAUUUUCUCAGAUAAAACAGGUACUUUAACAAAGAAUGAAAUGAUAUUCAAACAAUGUUCGAUAUCUGGUAUUAUGUAUGGGUCAGGAAAUUUAGCCGAGUUUAACAAUUAUGAACUACUGAAAAAUCUCGAACAACAUGAAACACGAGAUGAAAUUCGCGAGUUCUUGACACUGUUGGCAACAUGUCACACUGUUGUACCAGAAAAUAAAGCUUAUACAGAAUUGCCAACGGAAGUAGCGUACCAAGCAUCAUCACCAGAUGAAUUCGCAUUGGUCACAGCUAUGAAAUUAUUGGGCAUUGUGUUUUACAGUCGAACGCCAGAUAGUGUUACAAUCAAUUUCCGAGGUGAAAAAGAAGAAUAUAAGAUUCUAAAUGUCUUGGAAUUCAGCAGCGAUCGGAAACGAAUGAGCGUCAUUAUUCGAACGCCAAGGAAUGAAAUCAAAUUGUACUGCAAAGGCGCUGAUAGUGUCAUUCUGGAACGUCUUGCUGCGGACGAUCAACACGUCAAGGAGACAGGUGAACACCUAGAAAAUUUUGCUAAUUCUGGUCUUCGAACAUUAUGUCUUGGCUAUCGGACUUUAACAAACGAAGAAUACAAUAUAUGGUCCACUAAAUAUCGUGAAGCAUCAACUGCAAUUAACAACCGAAAUGAAUUAGUCGCAGAAGUUGCCAAUCAAAUUGAAUGCAAUCUGAAACUAUUAGGUGCUACUGGUAUCGAAGAUAAACUGCAAGAUCAAGUUUCAGAAAGUCUGACGAUGUUGCACAAAGCUGGAAUAAAGAUAUGGGUACUAACUGGUGACAAAAAAGAAACGGCUAUCAAUAUUGGAUAUUCGUGUAAGCUACUCUCCAAUCAAAUGCUCAAUCUGACAUUGGACGAAGCAAAUCUUGAAGAUACACAACGGCAAUUACGACAACAUUGCCAACAAUUUGGCGAUUCUUUGCGAAAAGAAAAUCCAGCUUCAUUAGUUAUCGAAGGGCAAACGUUGAAGUAUGCAUUGCAAGCUCCAUGCCGACAGGACUUUCUCGAUUUGGCGAUCUCUUGUAAAACAGUGAUCUGUUGUCGAGUAAGCCCAAAACAGAAAGCAGAAGUGGUUGAGUUAGUCAAACGAUCCGUGGACGCCAUCACCUUGGCGAUUGGCGACGGAGCAAAUGACGUUGGUAUGAUUCAGGCAGCACAUGUUGGUGUUGGUAUAAUGGGCCGUGAAGGUGUUCAAGCUGCAUGUGCAUCGGAUUAUACUAUUGGCCAAUUCCGCUUUUUGACUAAGCUUUUAUUCGUUCAUGGCGUAUGGAGCUAUCGUCGACUGUGUAAAGUGCUACUCUAUUCUUUCUAUAAAAACAUAUGCCUCUACGUUAUGGAGCUUUGGUUUGCGUUUCAUAACGGAUUUUCUGGUCAAAUUUUGUUUGAACGAUGGACAAUUGGUAUUUACAAUGUGAUAUUUACUGCUGCACCACCGAUGGCAUUGGGUUUGCUCGACCGUUCAUGCAAUGCAGCAACCAUGAUGGAAUAUCCAGCGAUCUAUCGAAUGUCACAGAAUCGAACGGAUUUCAAUAUCAAAAUCUUUUGGACUUGGUGCCUCAAUGCAGUUUACCAUUCGAUCAUUCUCUACUUUAUGUCCUAUCGAAUGCUUCGACAUGAUAUUGUUCAUGAUAGUGGAAUCGUUCUCGGAUCUCAUUUAUAUCUCGGCAACCUAAUUUAUACUUACGUCGUUUUCGUCGUUUGUCUCAAAGCAGGACUUGAAAGUGAUUCAUGGACAUUGUUAACACAUAUUGCUAUUUGGGGCAGUAUUGCUUCAUGGUUUAUCUUUUUCGCUAUAUACAGUUACGUAUGGCCAACGUUUCCUGUAGCACCCGAAAUGCGUGGGAUGGCAAAAUAUGUGUUCUCCAGUCCAUCUUUUUGGUUUGGCUUGUUGUUAAUUCCUAUCACCGCUUUACUAGCUGACUUCAUCUAUAAUUGUAUUCAAAGGACUUUUUACAAAACCUUAAUGCAAGAAGUGCAGGAGAAGGAAGUGAAGCAUCAAGAUCUUUCCGAUCUAGUCGCAUCACGACAAACACCAGCUGCACCGCGCGCUACUGAACGAUUAGCUCUCCUGAAGAGUGUCUUUACACGCACAAGAACACCACGAGAAGUUGGAAUCAUCGAUAGACCUUACCAUGGAUUCGCCUUUUCUCAAGAAGAAAAUGGUGUCGUACCACAAGAUCAGUUAAUCCGAACCUAUGACACAAAUAUCGAAAAACCACCGGGAUAUUGA